UGGAUAUUCGGAAUGGAUAAGGAUAUUAUGCACGAACUGUAUAAGAUGUGACCAAAGGAUAAUCGAGCGACGAUUGAACUACUUGGGAAAUAUGAUCCGGAUGGAAUAGCUGUUAUAAGAGAUCCCUUAUUUACUUUAUAGACAAUAUAUAACUUGCAAUUGGAAAGGAAUUAAAAAAUGGUGGAAAAGAAGAAAGUCCUUAUGGUUUGUUUAGGAAACAGUUGCCGUUCUCCUAUGGCAGAGGCAGUGUUUCAGGAUCAAGUACAAAAAAUGGGUUUAUCUGAUUUUUGGGAGGUAGAAAGUGCUGCUAUUUUGGACUAUCACAUAGGUAAUGCUCCAGAACCUAGAGCAAUGUCCACUCUUCAAAAGGAAGGAAUUACGAAUUACUCUCAUAUCGCGAGACAAAUCACAAAAAAUGAUUUCUAUAAAUUCGAUUGGAUAUUCGGAAUGGAUAAGUAUAUUAUGAGCGAACUGUAUGAGAUGCGACCGAAGGAUAAGCGAGCGACGAUUGAACUACUUGGGAAAUAUGAUCCAGCUGGAAUAAUUACCAUAAGAGAUCCUUUAUUUGACGUUGGAAGUGCUGGAUUUGAGACAGCCUUUCAACAAGCUUCAAGGAGCGUGCGCUCAUUUUUGGAAAUGAAAAUGGAUAUUAUAAACAAAAAAUAAAAUAUCAAAAAUUUUAAUCUUAUGGAA